AGUUUUGGCGCACAUGUGCAUGACGUUUGCUGUCAGUGCCGUCGGGUCGUAAAGAACGAGAAAAAAAUCUACAACUUAGCACCUAACUAUAAAAAUAGGCAAAAUUGUUACAGAAAGUUAAAGUUUUAUAAUCUUAUAAGUGUACAAAUAACAAUGAGUGAAGACUAUUUAAGUCAACCAAUCUCACUGGGGUCGUCAUCAUCAGAUGAGACACAUACCAAUCGUUCGAGUGCAGCAUCCAGCGCGUUCGGGACACCCAUAUCUCCAUAUUUGAACUAUAACCCGCGUUUGUUACAACAAGCACAGCCAGAAUUUAUCUUCCCGGAAGGUGCAAAUAAGCAGCGCGGACGUUUUGAAUUGGCUUUCUCACAGAUUGGAAGUUCAGUAAUGGUUGGUGCAGCGAUAGGUGGUGUAGUUGGUUAUUAUAAUGGUAUGAAAACUACAGCGGCAUUACAGCAAACCGGCAAACUGAGGCGAACACAAUUACUUAAUCAUGUGCUGAAACAAGGUUCUGGCACUGCCAACACUCUGGGAACACUUGCCGUCAUGUAUUCAGCCUUUGGUGUACUGUUGCAAAAUGUGCGAGGAGAAGAUGACGAUAUCAAUACGGUUAUUGCCGGCACAGCCACUGGUCUGUUAUACAAAUCAACGGCUGGUCUGAGGAAAUGUGCAAUUGGCGGUGGUGUGGGUCUCGGUGUAUCAGCUGCGUAUUGUCUGUUUCAACUAAUGCAAACGAAUUCGAAUGGUUCCGGUUUAAAAUUCCUGUAGAUAAGAACCUAUAUGAAUUACAUAAAGAAAAUGUACUGGAAUGUGGUAUAUUGACUGUAAAACUUUCUAUAUACGAUUAGUGGUUAGCUGCUGGUAGUGACUAGGGUAACUCCAUAUAGUGGAGCUGAAUGGAGUUGCGUUAUUCCCCUAUGUAACGCGCUCAACGUACAUAGCAAAUUUAAGUUGUAAGUUUUCCUUGCUUUAUAACUUUUAUUUUUUAAAUAUUAUUAGUUCAUAGAAUGUGAUGAGUUAAGUUGAACAAACUAAUACCGAAGACACUUUGCUUAGUAAGCAAAUAUAAUAGAACAACACUAAAAUUCACAUAAAAUUCUUUGUGCAUUCAACAGAAGUGUGUGUUUUGCCAAGUGUUUACGUAAACUUAAAAAUAGUUGUACAGAAAAUUAUAGAAAUAAAAAUUAAACAUGAUCACCGAAAUAAAACAAAACGCUUUGCGAAUGACAAACCAA